AUGAGGAAUGAGUCCGGGUGGAGUGAACUUGUGGGGUUUACGGAAAAACGGCUUCGAAACCUUCUUGCACUCGCAGGUGUAGAAGGCAAAUGUCUGGGCCUGUUCCCACCUCCCGGCGAGGUGCAGAAAGCGGUGAAUACGGCCCGUGUGUACCGGCGCUGGGGGGAGCUCCUGCAGGGAAGCGCUGUAGCUGGGCAGGAAGAGCUCGACUGGACCGCCAAAGAGCGCCGAAACGGCCUGCAAAGCAUUGAGUGGGACCUCGGGAACCUGGAAGAAAUGCUGCUGCUCUCCACUCAGCAGCUGACCCUGGACCACUAGGAUCAACAGCUGGAAAUGGUGUUUGGGAGCAUCCAGGUUCUGAAACACAUGUUGGGUCAUGUUGGGGAGGAGAGCCAUGGUAUUGGUGACAUACUGGAUACCUUUACUCAUGAACUAGACCAAGAGUCUCAGAUGGAUUGGGUUCUCAGAAAGAUGGCUAGUGUCCCACACGAUGAGUGGUGA